CAGGCAUAGCGUAUUUUAGCCCUCUCCCAAACAUUAUUCAUUGUUUACAUACACUACAUGUAUGUUAUUGAGAAGACAGGUAGAAAAAGAUCACGACCAACAUGAAGUUGUAAGACAUUUCCGAUUAAAAGUUUGUCUCUUUAGCACAAUUAUUUUGACAAAUUUGUCCAAUGAUAGAAACCCCAACCGGGAGGCCAGGGUUCAUUUCUCAAUCCCGGAUACACCUUGUCCACGUCUAUGAGUUGGACUGUGUAUUCAAAACAGAUAGGAUAAGUACAUCGCACAGUCCGUUAACAUCAAACUCAAUUCUUGAAAUAUCUUUCAAAAUAGUUGAUCGUACAAUCUCACAUUUUUUUCUUCAGUAAAAAGACGCACUGUUUCAGAAGCUGUCAUAACGUCACGAAGUGAUCCAAUUCUUAACAAUCGAACAUUUUGCCUUGAGGAAGGAUAUGAUAGGAUUUGGCAACGUUUGUUCAUCUUGGUUAACGUACAUCAGCAAGUUUUGAAAUGGGCAACAGUCAGUGCAUAGAUUGUACAAAAGAUGUCCCAAAACGGGUCAGGAUAUUUGACGCAGGGUUUACCAACUAUGGCAGAAGGUUUUACAAAUGGUGCACUGGUUACCAGUGGAUCAGGGUGGGGAAUGACUACCUAUGCCAGGCUUGUUUAAGGAAACGGGAAAUAGUAGAAAAGGAAAGAGAAAUAGCAUUACAAAGAGAAAAACAACGACAACAGCAAGAAAAGCAGAAACAACUAAGGAAACAACGAGAGGAAUGCGCUAGAAUAGAGAGAGAAGCAAUGAGAAAACAAGAAUUGGAAGCAGAAAGAUGUCGUCAGGAGGAACGUGUGAGAAUGGAAAGAGAAGCGAAGAGAAAACAAGAGCUAGAGGCAGAGAGACGUCGUCAGGAGGAACAUGUGAGAAUAGAAAGACAAGCAAAGAGAAAACAAGAAUUGGAAGCAGAGAGAUGUCGUAAGGAGGAACGUGCGAGAAUAGAAAGAGAAGAGAAGAGAAAACAACAACUAGAAGCACAUGAGUGUCAAUCUAAAGAAUCUUUAUUUAACAAGAGAAUAAACAGACGGAAACAUACCUCUAUAACCGGUGUAGAACACCACGUUAGUAAAGUUAUAAUUGCUCUAAAUAACGCCUUUUUAAACAACAAAAUGAGCCGUGACACAAAAUAUCAUUCUGCAAACUGUGAUUCAGGGGAAAAUAACUUCUCUCAUUCUUCUUCCUUUGAUGUUGAUCCGAUGUACCUCGGCAAUCCGACUUCUAUCUUGGGUACUCUUUUUGAAAGAUUACGGUUAACUAAAGAACUCGAUAACGAUGCAAACGUGUUCAUAAAUGGGGAAGACAACGAUGUCUUAAGGGAACUCCAGGUGAAGGGAGCUCUGGAUGAUACUCUGCUAGAGACUAUCGGAUCAAGGCAUCAAUUCCACAUACCUCUCAAAUUCUAUCCCUGGUUUGCAUAG